GUAGCAGUCUUGCUCAGUGACGUCACGUGGUCUAGCUCAGUGAGUGUUGUCUCAGGAGGCCGCGCCGCGCUUCUAAUUAUAAGUUAUUCUAGUCAUACAGUGAACGCGAUGCCGGAACCCAACGAGAGUGUAGAGCUAGCUGCCGAGGCAGCGGAUCUGUGCGGAGAGCUGCAGAAGCCGCCGAUGAAACAUUCGGACACCAAGGAUAGCAUCUCGUCCGUGGAAAGCGACUCGGCCCCCGUGGUCCCUUGCGAGGGCAGAGAGGACGGCCCUACCGAGGAGGAGGACGAGCGAGCCAACCUAGCGGACCAGAGCGACUCCGGCAGCGAAGGGUCGCCGGAGAAGGACUCGGGAUGCGAGGGCGUCAAUAACCCCGCGGAAGACACCAAGGACGAAAAAGACGAAGAAGAACCACCCUUUGUACCCCCGGACGAUGAACUGGUGGAAAAGAUAAUCGCACAAGUCGAGUUUUACUUCUCAGACGUGAAUAUCACCAAGGACGCUUUCCUGUUGAAGCACGUGAAACGCAACAAGGAAGGCUACGUGAGUUUGAAGUUGAUUUCUAGUUUUAAACGCGUCAAGCACAUAGCCAAGGACUGGAGGGUGGUCGCCUACGCUUUGGCGAAGAGCACGAAACUGCAGAUAAACGAAGCAGGCACCAAGUUGCGAAGAGUGGACCCUCUGCCCGCUUACGACCAGACGACGCCGUCCAGGACCGUCGUGGCGAUAGACUUGCCUCUGGAGAAGCCUACGAUAGAGAAUGUGGCGGAGAUGUUCAGGACCUGUGGAGAGAUCGCGCUCAUCAGGAUCCUCCGACCUGGCAACCCCAUCCCUGCGGACGUCCGUCACUUCGUCAACAAACACCCGGAGAUGAACGGCACGGUGAGCGCCCUCGUGGAGUUCGUCCGGACUGAGAGCGCCCAUAACGCCAUCAACAGACAGGACUGGGACUGGCGUCAUGGAGUAGACCACUCGGCUAUGAAGGUGCUGGAACUGAACGCACCGCCGAGCUCUGACAGGAAGAAACGCACGCAAUCCCAGAAGAAGAACCCUGGAAUGACUCGACUGUUCGACUCCGAGUACUCGUCAUCCUGCGCCUCCGGAAGCGAGGCCGAGGGAAGCUACCAGCGGCAGAUGAGACUCCAGAGGCGUUGUAGCUCUCCGCACAUGCAGCGACCCGGAGACCACUGGACCCAGAGGAGGUGGUCCAGAGACUCCGGCAGCGACAGCCCGAGCAGCAGCUUCUCCAGGAGUCGCUCCAACUCCGGGGUCUUCUACAUACCAGACCACGUCCGGAGGAUGUCCGCCGGUUGGGACUCCGGAAGUGACUCGUACGGAAGUGGAAGAUCCAGGUCGAACAGUGGAGUUUCUCUGGCUGACAGGAGGUUCUCCGUGCAGAGCAAAGAUUCCGAUUGUUGCUGCUGCGGACAUUACAACGACUGCAGAAGGAUGUCCUACUGCCACGACUCUGGCAGCGAAGGUUACGGAAGUAACAGGUCUAGAUGUAACAGUGGAGCUUCUGACAUCAAGAGGAAAGACUCCGGGGAGUAUUAUUGUCCUAAGAGGUUCAUCCAGCCGGAUAGGAGGAUCUCUCUGACCAGGGAACCCGAGGGACCCUAUUGUCCGAGGAUUCCGAUGGACCAGCGACGAGUUUCGGUGGGAAGCGACACGGAAUCUUCCGGCAAAAUUGGUUUCCAGAGGCAGCGAUCCUCUUCUGGCAUCCACCUUCCGGAGAACAUCGUGAGGAUGCCCAGAGGCCCUGAUGGAGGUCGUGGGUUCGUCGCUCCUCCGCCUGUAACCACCUGUCACACUCUCGUAGAGUAACGAUCUCUCGAUAUUUUAUCGGUCCCGAGACUACUUUAUCGAUAUUGGUACCCAACCCACUGAUUCCUGAUGCAAUAAUUGAAACCUGAAGCAAUAUUCUAGUGCUAUAUACGAACAAACUGUACAUAUUAUUCGAGUGAUAGGAUAUAUAAAUUGGAAAAGCGCGUGUGAUAGUAUGAAUAUAAGUUACGAAACGAAUGAGAAUCUGAUUAUUUUCGGGCGAGUCUGUUUUUGUGUGAAUGUUUAUUUUAUGGAAUAUACUUAUCGUUAACGAUGAGGCAAUGGUGAAGAGACUGAACUAGGGCGCCCUAGGAGAAAAGAGUGAGGUUAUUUAUAUAUUUGUGUAAAUAAUAGGCUACUGUUAUUGUUUCCUCGUCAUGUUACCAUUUGUAAUUUAUUUCAUUGGAAUUGUAUUUAUUUUAUCCCGGUUGAAUUCAUUCAUUAUUUAUUCCGUCCAAUCUAUUUAUUGCAUUGUACGAUUCAGUCCAUUUCAAAUCAUUAACUUUAACUAUGUAUUUAUUUACAUUCCGUUUGAGAAUUUCAAAUUUUCGUUUGUGACAUCCUAAUUUAUUUAUUGUUAUUCAAUUGUUGAUUUGUGUUAUAAGAAAAUUUGUUAGUUGUAGUUUUAAGUCAGUAUUUGUUUGACUAUACAUGAUCUGUUAGCCAUAACUAUUACCGUUAUUGUUAGUUUUAAAUUAUUGUAAAUAAAUACUUUUGCAAAUUGUAA